AUGAGCCCCUCAUACACUCUCCGCGACUCGUCGCUUCUUCCGACAAAAUGCUACGUCAAUGGUGCUUGGGUGGACGCAGCGUCGGGUCGUCGAUUCGCCGUAGAGAACCCAUCUACUAUGAAGGAGAUAGCCACCUGCCCAGAAUUUGAUGCCGCCGAUACUGAGACAGCCAUCGCACAUGCCAGCACAGCUUUCAAGGCAUUUCGUGACACAGCUCCUCGGACCAGAGCCCGUCUUCUCAGACGUUGGAGUGAUCUUAUGCUAGAGAACAUUGACGAUCUAGCGUACAUCAUCACCAUAGAAAAUGGCAAGCCUCUUGCAGAUGCCAGAACUGAGGUUGCUUACGCGGCCAGUUUCUUCGAAUGGUUCUCCGAGGAAGCUGCAAGAAUUUACGGCGACACCAUCACUGCAAGCAACCGCAGCUGUCGCAUCAUCACACUCAAGGAGCCCGUGGGAGUUUGUGGCUUAAUUGCGCCUUGGAACUUCCCUGCUGCCAUGAUCACCAGAAAAGUUGGACCAGCGCUGGCGGCCGGAUGCUCUGUUGUAGUCAAAGCACCAGCCGAAGCUCCAUUUUCUGCUCUCGCAUUGGCGGAGCUCGCUCAUAGAGCCGGAAUUCCCAAAGGAGUUGUCAACAUCAUCACGGCUGCUGAGAAUACAGUAGCGGUUGGAAAGAUUCUCACAACACACCCUACUAUCAAGAAGGUCUCUUUCACGGGAUCUACCCCAGUAGGAAAGUUGCUUAUGAACCAGGCUUCAUCUACGAUUAAGAAGCUCUCAUUUGAGCUCGGCGGAAACGCUCCAUUCAUCGUGUUUGAUGACGCCGACUUGCAAGUUGCCAUUCGGGGAGUAAUUGCAUGCAAGUUCCGCAUCAGCGGCCAGACCUGCGUUUGCGCAAACAGGAUUCUGGUACAUCGCAGUGUUUAUGACGACUUUUUGCGACUUCUGGUAGACGAGGUUAAGAAAUUCGUCGUUGGCGAUGGGUUGAGUGAGACCACUACCCAUGGGCCACUCAUACAUGGUCGCGCCGUACAGAAGGUUGACGAGCAUGUCAAAGAUGCCGUCGCAAAGGGCGCCCGUUUGGCACAUGGUGGACAUCGGCUCCCGGAAUUGGGACCUAAUUUCUUUGAUCUCACUGUCCUCGCUGAUAUGACGCCUGAAAUGAGAAUAUGCCAGGAGGAGACCUUUGGCCCGGUGGCCGCCAUCUUCCCCUUUGACACUGAGGAGGAGGCUAUUCAGCUGGCGAAUAAUACUGAGGUAGGGUUGGCCGGAUACUUCUUCAGCAAGGACGUGAGCCGUUGCUGGAGAGUUGCAGAGGCAUUGGAGGUAGGCAUGGUGGGUGUUAAUACGGGAGCCAUUAGUGAUCCAGCUGCACCUUUCGGGGGAGUCAAGGAGAGUGGAUUUGGCAGAGAGGGAAGCAAGUAUGGCGUAGACGAGUAUGUUACUACUAAAAUGGUAAUGAUGGGAAUUUAA